GAUUGGGGGCCGCCAGCGCCUCCCGUCUGGCCGGGCGGCGGCGGCGGCGGCGGCAGCAGGAGGAGGAGCUGCAGCAGCACUCUCGGCGGCGGCGCGGAACUGGAGCGGCUGCCCCCGAACAUGGCGGCGGCGCAGCAGUCGCAGACGGAAGCCUCCGCCGCCGUCGCCGCUCCUCUCCUGUCGAGCGGGGGCGGCGGCGUCGGGGGAGCAGGCUCCGUGCCGGUGCUCUUCUGCUUCUCGGUGUUCGCCAGGCCUUCGACGGUGCCUCACGGCUCUGGCUACGAGACGCUGAUCCAGAAGUUCCUGAGCCUCUACGGCGACCAGCUCGACAUGCACCGCAAGUUCGUGGUGCAGCUCUUCUCCGAGGAGUGGAGCCAGUACAUCGACCUGCCCAAGGGCUUUCUGGUGGGCGAGCGCUGCAAAGUGCGCCUCGUGCCGCUGCAGAUACAGCUAACUACAUUGGGCAAUCUCACACCUUCAAGCACUGUGUUUUUCUGUUGUGAUAUGCAAGAAAGAUUCAGACCAGCCAUCAAGUAUUUUGGAGAUAUCAUCAGUGUAGGCCAACGACUGCUUCAAGGUGCACGAAUUUUAGGUAUCCCGGUUAUUGUUACAGAGCAGUAUCCUAAAGGUCUUGGAAGCACAGUGCAAGAAAUUGAUUUAACUGGAGCUAAACUUGUGUUACCCAAAACAAAGUUUUCUAUGGUAUUGCCUGAAGUCGAGGCUGCAUUAGCGGAGAUUCCUGGAGUACGCAGUGUUGUUUUAUUUGGAGUAGAAACUCAUGUCUGCAUCCAACAGACAGCACUGGAAUUAGUUGGCAGAGGUCUGGAAGUUCACAUAGUGGCUGAUGCAACUUCCUCAAGAAGUAUGAUGGACAGAAUGUUUGCCUUGGAGCGCCUUGCUCACACUGGAAUUAUUGUUACCACUAGUGAAGCUAUAUUGUUGCAGCUGAUAGCUGACAAAGACCAUCCCAAAUUCAAAGAAAUUCAGAACCUCAUUAAAGCAAGUGCUCCGGAGUCAGGGCUUCUUUCCAAAGUAUAAAGAAGUUGUUCUUGCAAGAACUUGGCAAUGGAAAAUUAAAGCUGUAAAUAAAGAAAAAGAGUCUCUCUCUCACUUGUGCGCUCUCGCUCUCUCAUACACACACAUGCGUGUGCACCCCAUAUCCUUAUACAAAUUGAUGUAUUUGUGCUUGCCUUAGCAAAAUCUGUUUGGUUAAUGCUGUCCAGGUGCCAGUGUAUUAGCCACAGCUCUUUAAAACUUUUGGGUACUGUAGGAUCAUUUUGUCGUCAGAACAAACUAUAAAAACAGAGGUGCCUGUCUGUCUGUACUAAACCCACUGAUUGUAACAUAGUUCCAAAAACAGUGUUUUUUGGUGAAAUCUCUCUUGAUUGUACAAAUGUACUGUGGCAUUGUUUUACUUUUUGUAUUAAUACAAUAAGACAUAGAUGUGAUAUAAUGGUUUAGUAUCCUACUAUAUUUAAAUAAAAUAGAAUAUAUACACUUUGGGAGGAAAUUGUUGCUUUAUAAUUAAGAAAACAAGCUAGAGAAAGAAGCAAUAUAGAUGCAUUAUUGUUCUGAACUUAGCUAUGCUGAUUUUGAAUAGUCAAGGUUUUAUUACUGAAUGAUGUUCCAGAGUACUUUAUUGUAAAGUUCUAACUGGAAAAUAUCUGCAGGUUAGUAUCCACUUUAAAAUCACAAUGAGUUUUGUUGGUUUGUUAAUGAAUCUACAUUAAUGAUUGAUGGCACUGAAAUGGAAGAUGUUAAUUCACUUGUAGACAGUUCAGAAGAAGUUACUCAAGCUUCUCAUUUCCAAGUACUAAAAUAACUUUUUUUCUGAAUGUGUUGUGGGAUUUAUUUUUAAUCCCUGUAUGUUUAGAUUUAAUGAACUCCAUCUGGCUCCUACAUUAGUUCAAGCAAGCUUUGGGUGAAAAUCAGCUUCUUCAGUUUUAUGCAAGGUUCUGCGAUAUAGAUACCAAAUAGUCUUUUAAAAGAGUCCGAAAUAAUAGCAUACUUUGAAAAGGGCAUAUGUCAUUUGCUGCAGUAUUUUAUAGCUAGAAAUACAUUUGAGUAAUAGUAUUACAGCCCAAUUAAUUCAUGUUAUGAUUCAAAUUGUUCUACAGUUUGUAUGAAGAAUAUAUGUGGCUUUAUAGGAAGAUAUUUUGCAAUAUGAUAUACGACACUAAUACUAUUUAUUUUUAAAACAUCAGUAACAAUGCAUUGUUGGAAACUUCGGCUCUAAAUUUUUUCUUGUUAAGUUCAAAUAAAUACAAAUGUUUACU